GAACCCACCAUAUUGGGUAGGCCCAAAUAGGAGUUAGUCAACUUCAGCCCAAAUAAUGGGACUAUGUGGAGAAAUGAGUUACUAUUAAUAGUGUAAUAGGAGUAUUUUGUGAGUUAUGUGAUUGGUGAAGUUGUUAUUCUUCUCUCCCAAACUCUCUUUUCACAUCUCAAAUUCCUUUUGUAUUGCAACUAUUUGAUCUAAGUUCAAUAAGAAUGAUUCCUAUCUUAGCUUUAUUUCCUAUUCAAUUUUAGUAUCAUUUCAUUGGUGCUUUCAUUCUCACCAUGGCAGAGUAUACAUGGGCGAAUGCCGUAGGAGCUCAUUGGAAAGACAUCGAAGCAGAGUAUAAUGCUGAAUGGGCGAAAAUAGCGUAUUUGGACGGACCCGGUUACACUGUCUGGGACCGUAUUGAAGCUAAGGCCGAUCUACGACGAAAAUAUUUUUCACGGAGCUCUUCCCAUGGUGUUACGAACUCAUCCAAUUCAACGCUGAUACAACCGAUUCACUCUCACCUCAAUUCACCCAAGGCGGCAUCAUUUCAUGAAAUUGAUAAGCGUUUAGCUAAAUCUCAUCAUGAAAUUAAACUAUUGUUGUGUACAAGAACCAUGGACCUGUCGCACAAAGAAAUUGUUUCUUCCAAAUCGGUGAACGGAGAAAAUCCAAUUGCAAAACCGUCGACGCUGUAUUUGGACAGUUUGGUUGCAAAUUUGCCUGUCAUUGUUGCUGACGAUAUCGACAAAUCAACUGCUGAUAAUGUGCAGAGGAAAGAAGAAAUCCCACGAGCAGAUGAGUUUAUGGUUCAAAGUGAACUGAAAUCCAUGGUGAAUACAAUCGGUGAUUGCAUCGGGAAAAUCGUAGAAUCGUCGUUGAUCAAAGCUCUUCCAGUUACGACAAUAUUUUCCUCUUCCCAGGACUUGAUUGCCAUGCAUUUCUUCCCUAAUGAAGACUCUACAAUAUCUGACUCAGAGCAUGUCGAUGCCAGCAACAAGGAUGUUGUGAGAAAUCAAGGUUUGUCUUUGCACUGUGAAAUUCCUCCUGUGUUGCAUUUUAUGAGUAUAGGGAAUAAACAAGCUAGUUGUCUGGAACCUAAGUUUCAAUUGCACUGUGAUAAAAUUUUGGAGGAGAACACAAUGGUGUCAUUGACUGCCUCAAUUCAAACAUGCCUAUCUUAUGUUCGACAAAAUGUCCCAACACAUUCACCACCACCAAAACCACCAGAUUGUGCAUUAUGGAACCCUCAACUAUCACUUGAACCACCUAAUGGUGUAGCCAUUGAGAACCACUUAAUGUUUCCACCGUCGCCAAAACCUGGUGGUCACAAAUUUCAAUCGACCCAAGGGGAAUUGCAAGUGACGCGAGCAACCGCUGUUCUUCCACCACCUCCUGAGCCUCCCGACAUAGAACACAUAGUGGUGGUUUUGCAGGAAUUUGUUACACUUACGUUUCCCAAAUUGAUUGGCUUUAGGAGCUUUUAUCGAAAUAGAUAUAGUGUGACUGGUUUGAUAUCUGUGAGCUUGAGCAUCUUGUCUCAACUUGUGGUUAUUAAUAUUUUUGACAACAAUCUUUAUACCAUGGUUUCCGUCUUAUCAACAAUGAAGUUACUGUCAGAUGCUAGUUAUGCUCUUACUUGCUCUGUUGGUCUGAAGAUCACAACACAAACGAUGCUCUCAAUUUCUCGCAAUGUCACAAUGAGUCUACUGCUGAAACCACACGAGGAUGUGUUUGCUGCUCGGGUUGCUUUGGAAACCAAUAUGCCAUCACCAGACUAUGUUAUUAGUCUGCUACCUCUGCUUGGGCCUCCUCUCAUAGAUGAGGGCAAGGAUUAUGACAUGAAACAGUCGAAUCCUGGUAAUUUGUUUUGUACUUCACCACAUUGUAGAAGCCAUGUGUUUAUGCAUAAUAAGAGAGUGCCGCCAAAAUCACACUGUGGAAUUUUUCAAAUAUAUCAGUGUGUUGUUGCUGAUAAAUAUCUUGAAUUUUCUCACAUUUGUGGAGUGAAGUUUCCCUUUAAACUCCGGAAUGGAAAUUGGGUUUAUGGCUUUCUUGCGUGGUUUACAUAUACCCAUAACAACUUGUUGUCUCUUGCUAGUGGUACAGAGAAAGGGACAUGUCAUAUUUGUUAUUGUCUGCAACUUCUACCUUGUCAUAAGAAUGUUAAUAUUGGGUUCUAUUUAUUCCCAAAAUGCACAAAGUGUCACAGUUGUGGAUCUAACAUUUCUCGAAGUGGUGUGAAAUGGUUUUUGGGAUACACUUAUCAAUAUGCAUGUGGUGAAUGGUUUAUAAGAGGAAACUAUUGUAUUGUUGUUGAAAAGGCUUGCAGGGACUUAGAACAAAAGCAAAUUUGCCAAGGAGUGGAUUCUUGAGACGUUUGCAAAUACUUGGUUUUGUUUUAAUCAUAAAUGCACCGCACUUUGGAAUGGUCAUGAACAAGGUAUUAGUGAGGCAUAUCUUCCAGCAAUAUAUUACACUCCUAAGGAUCAGCUAGUUAUUCACAAAAAUCAUUUUACUGAUUUGUUUCCUGGCAAUCUUGCCAUUGUUUUUUCCAUCAUGUUGAUGAGGAUAGAUGGUGGACAUUUGAGAAACUAUACGGCAGUUAUGUGGUCACCAUUCAAACAAUGGGAUCCGGGUAAAAUUUGUGUUAUGAGCAAUUUUUACAACCUUGAGGACAAGGUUGGUUUUAAAGGGGAAGGUAUUGUAAUGAACCCACCAUAUUGGGUAGGCCCAAAUAGGAGUUAGUCAACUUCAGCCCAAAUAAUGGGACUAUGUGGAGAAAUGAGUUACUAUUAAUAGUGUAAUAGGAGUAUUUUGUGAGUUAUGUGAUUGGUGAAGUUGUUAUUCUUCUCUCCCAAACUCUCUUUUCACAUCUCAAAUUCCUUUUGUAUUGCAACUAUUUGAUCUAAGUUCAAUAAGAAUGAUUCCUAUCUUAGCUUUA